AUGUUGAUAGACGAAAGAGAGUACCCUGUGGCAUCCAUAUUCAAUUCGAUUGCUAAGAGGUUUGGAGAGUUGUUCAAAGAAAGGCAUACAUAUGUCCUCAAAUCUAAGGAUAAUAAAAUGGUGUCGGCUGCCGAAAAGAUUGCAAGAGAAAAAAUGAUCGAGGGCGACUUCUUGUAUGUGGAGAACAUAACCGGGAACGACAACCAAUUCCCCAUGUUUGGCGCAGGUUCUACUGCCAAAGUGAACCUUCUAGAAAAAACAUGUUCUUGCAGGAAAUAUGACUUGGUCAAGAUAUCGUGCACUCACUCGAUGGCUACUUUGCAAUCGAAACAUGGCAAUGAGUAUGGUAUGAGCAUCUAUGAGUACUCUUCGCCUUUGUAUAAAGCUGAAGCAUACCUCCUUGCAUAUUUUGAACCUAUUAAUGUUGUCCCUCUUGAGUCAGAAUGGUGUGUGCCACAGGAAUUACUAAGCGUCAAGAUUCUUCCACCACUUGUCUAUACCAAGCUAGGAAGGAAGAAAAGAAACGUGUCAAGGGGGUUGAUGAGAACUUCAAGAGCAAGAGAAGGAACAAAUGUUCAAUGUGCAAGAGACCCAGACACAAAAAAACCACGUGUAUGA